UGGUCUAACGUUGCUUGAAAAAAAAUCCCGGAAGAGAAUCAAGAGGAAAGCAAAUUAUUUACAGCGAUAUUAUCCCAAUGAAGAACACAUAAGCUACUGAAAAUUAAUAUAUAGGAUUUUUUUCCAGACAUGGCAGAUACAUUCAGUCUCCAAAAGGUUCUGGAAGCAUUCAGAUCAAGUAUGAGUGAGAAUAAGGAGGUUUACAUUAAAUAUUAUAUAGCAGGAUGGCAAGAGCUGGUCUCCUUCAUGAAUAGUUUAGGGAACGUGUUUUCUUUCAUCUCCAAGGAUGUGGUCAGCAAAAUCCAGAUCCUAGAGAACUUCCUCUCAGGAGAAAACGGGUCCUAUUAUGCCACCAUCCAGUCCAUGGUGAAGUAUGAGCUGGAGAAUGACCUGGUGGACCUCACCAAAAGAGACAGCCACCCAGAAUCUGGCUGCCGCACUCUUCUGAGGCUCCAUCGGGCUCUGCGCUGGCUGGAGCUGUUCCUGGAGAGACUACGAACCAGCAGCGAGGACAGCAAGACCUCCGUCAUGUGUUCUGAUGCCUAUAACGAGUCUCUGGCUCAGCACCACCCCUGGCUCAUCCGGAAAGCUGUCGGCGUGGCGUUCUGUGUCCUUCCAGGGCGGGACACAUUCUUUGAUGUGAUGAAUGCGGGGGAUCACACGCAAGUGGUGGCUCUGUUGGGAGAGUCUUUGCCUCUCAUUGCUGAAGUCUACCAGAUCACAGAAGACUUGUAUGCGAAGAACAACCUCCUGGAGUUGCCAUAGAGGGGGGCUGAGAUGUAUUUUUAUCUUAACACUAAUUAAUACACAAUCCUUGUGGCACAUCUACAAACAUCAACUUAUUUGUCUGGCUUUUUAUAAACCAAACAAACAUGCAAUAUGCAGAUUUAAUGCUCAUUUUAAGCUAUCAACUACACAACACCAAGUGGGCAUUAAAUGCUGGGUGUACUUCAAUAUAUUUGAGCUUAGGGAACAAUAUAAAGCUAUUUAAAGGCAAAGGAUGUGCAUGAUACAUAUUUAAAUUAGAAUUUAAAAGUGAACUAAUGUAUAUUUGAAUAUAUAGCUCUUUUUUUCGUGAGUGUUAAUUAUUUUAUUGGAAAUACUUUUACUUGAAUUCAUGUCGAAUGUGCGUCAUACAUCUGCAGUUUUGUUGAAACUACAAAGCGGGGAUUUUGUAGUGAAUGUAUAAAUAAUAUGUAAUUAAAUAAUUGAAAAUAA